GAUAACAACUUAUGAGCCAUCGAUCAGUCGAUACGACUGGCCGCAGUCCCUUUACAGUUCGUCACGUUGUCACAAAUCAUUAUUAUUAUAAAUAAUUAAGUAUUGUUUAGUCGCUUAUCGACAGAGAUUUAGGCAAUAAAAGAUUAAGAAAUUAUUAAGGACAAGUUAUUGUUGACAUUCCAUAUAAACAUUAUCGAUUAUCAGUUAAAGAGAAUUGUUGUUGUGGGAAAAUUAUUAUAGAGGUCUUUAAGUGGAGCAGACUAACAAGUGUAUGAUGAAAAUGAUGGGUGAAGGCGACAUGGGUUAUGGGGAUUAUUACAACUAUGACAACAGUUGGUCCAUCGUGCCCAACGACUACGGAGCCGACCCCAACUAUCAAAUUCGACAGCCACAGAUGGAGGAGGAUUACAGAUACAACUCUUAUGCACUUCUGGAUAGCAUGAAGUUACCGGGCCAGCGUCCAGGAUUUCAAAUCUCUGACAUAUUGGGCCUCAAUGAGGGGAAGGGUUUGGAGCAGUCGUCGACUCAGGGUUUAGGACCGUGCUCCUUAGACCUGCCGCCGUACGCUCCACCGCAGCCUCACUAUUCCCACGAGCUUCUGCGGCAUCACCAACCCUGGUUAUCACUGGACCAUCAUGAAGGAAAUGGUAUAAUUGGACAACAAGCUAGCCCUGACAGUACUUCACGGGCAUCUGAGCUGUCCUACGUUGGAGCGCCUGCAGCUUCUCCCCCCAUUACUGACCCCCGCAAUGACCACGAACACGACCACGACAACGAUAACGACAUAGAGCACGACGAUGAAAACGACCAAGACCAGUUACCCAACAAUAUCGGCGAUCCAAGUCUAGCACAUAAAAAACGAAAAAGACGAGUUCUGUUUUCAAAAGCUCAGACUUACGAAUUGGAAAGGCGAUUCCGACAACAGAGGUAUUUAUCAGCGCCGGAAAGGGAACAUCUAGCGAGCCUGAUACGUUUAACGCCGACGCAAGUUAAGAUAUGGUUCCAAAACCACAGGUAUAAGACUAAACGUGCGGUCCAGGAAAAGGGUGCGCACGAUUUAAAUGUAGGCGGUUUGAAUUCACCACGGCGAGUCGCUGUGCCUGUACUGGUGAAGGAUGGCAGGCCUUGUAUCGGAAAGCCUGAUGGUUUACCGCCAUUGGGCAUGUCCCUGCCUCCGUAUCAGCCGAUGCAUCAUCAGCCCCCAGUCUCGGCUCAUGCGCCGCAGUCCAGUGGGUGUUGGUGGUGAUAAAAAUCCUUACAAACAUUUCAGUGAUAUACUAGUCGAUCUUUUGCCAUUUGUUUGCAAACGUUGUAUGAACAAUAAUGUUUCAAUUUAUCAAAUCGAAACACAAGCUAGAGUCAACGGCCUUUGCAAGCUUAUCGCGAUUGUUAAACAUUACCUAAUAAAAAAUUUACCUACAAAUAAAUGAUACACUAUAUUAGUUUCAAAUGUUUAGUUUUAAAAUUGAUAUGAUAUCAGUUAAAGAACAACUCGAAUAGAAUAAUACGAAUAGGUAGUACCUUCGUUUGGCUACUUUAAUUGGAAAUUUAAGGUAUCUGGAGUUCCUAGUAAUUUGUAUUAUAAUUAACACUUAACUGUAAUGAAUCUUGAAGCGACAGUUAAUAUUAUAUUUAUUUGAAAAUGUCCAAAUAACUUUAAGGUGAAUAUUUAUGAUUGAAUACGAUCCAUUGUUUGGAUAUUGUAUGUAUAUUAAUGUAAAAAGCCAUUGAGAAAAAUUAGUUAAGUAAUAUUAUAAAAAUGACCAGAUUUUAUCAGAAUGCAAUAUUUAGUCGUAAGAUUCAGUAUUAUCAUAGUCGAAUAUACUUGUGUAGUAGAUUAUUUAUGUAUAUUCCAAAUAAAAAUUUAUAUUAAUAUACGUAUUACGUACCUACAUACGUAGCGUCGUAGAAAUAAUAAAUGUAUAUUGUGUAUAUAAUGACUUGUGUGAACAGUUACCGCAACUAAACUAUAUAUCAUGUUAUAUGAUAGUAUUCUUUACAUAUAAUACAUAUGGUGUGUGAGAAGUUAUAUAAAAUAGUUCCAUUUUAACGACAUUCCAUAUUAGAUUUCAUGUAAACUGUAAAGAGAAACUCUUUAGAAAUUAUUAAGGCUGUAAAAACGUGUUACAUAUAAAUUAUUAUGAAAAUAUUAAAUUUAUUG